AUGGCUGCGUCGGCUUUACGGGCCUCCCUAGGAGUCGGUACCGUGAGCUCCAUGCACGGCUUGAAAGGAAAUGCAUUCAUGUCGAGGCACCUAACUGCAUUCAUGACCAAGUACGGGGCGGCCGGCAAAGCGCUCAUGGCAAGAUGCUUGGACAACUGGGUCCAGCCGCAGGAGUCACGAGUGGAAACAGAGCCUGUCAAUUUUGAGGAUUCUGUGGCCCGCCGAGUCGUGACUGUCGGGACAAGCUGGGAAGUGGAGCGCAAUCGUGACCCGAGGGGGCAAAACACGGUCAAGACAGUCAUGGACAGCGAGGGUAAAUCCGAGCAGCAAGCCAAGGAGAAACUCCGAGUCGCGAUCCUGGAGGACGAGCGAAAGUACAAACUCUUAAUGAAACAGUUCGCACUUUCAACUCUAGAUGCCCCGGCACAUGUGCAAAGAUUCCUAGUCAUGCUUGAGGUGCUUCUCGGCGGCCAUCAUAUCUGGUCUGCUGCCUGUGGAAGAUACAAACGUCGCGCUCCAUCUGUGGGGAAUCCCUUCCUUAGGAGAGAAAGCAUCAUACCAAACAGAGUCGAGGACGCGAAUGAGAGAGCCGCGAGUCCCGUAGCCCUGGGCAAUUCGGCUCUCCUGGAUCCAGUGCACUACAUCCAAUCCCUGCCCUCCAAAAACAUGCGGACAAAACUUGUCGACGCCCUGAACCUCUGGUUCCAACUGCCCCAUCACCUAGUGGACACCGUCAAGGGCACCGUGGACGACCUCCAUAACUCGACCCUCAUUCUAGACGACAUCCAGGACUCAUCUUAUCUGAGACGAGGGUUUGCCGCUACACACCAUGUCUUCGGCUCCGCCCAAUGCAUCAACAGUGCGACCUAUCUUUUAGUGCAAGCGGCUUCCCGGUUGAGUGUUCAUAACGAGCAAUAUCCCGCCGUGAUCACCGUCUUUCUGGACGGCCUGAAAGAGCUCGCACUAGGCCAGAGCUGGGAUCUCAACUGGAGGUCCACCGGAUACUGCCCGUCCACCGAGGAAUACAUGGCGAUGGUUGAUGGCAAAACCGGAGUGAUGUUCGAUAUGAUCGUUCGAAUGAUGCACUGCUUCUCAUCAUCCCAGACUGUCCCGGUGUCAGAGUUGAGCCAGCUUACGCAACUGCUCGGCCGGUGGUAUCAAGUGAGAGACGACUAUCAAAACCUGCAAGACGCACAGUACACGGCGCAAAAGGGAUUCUGCGAGGACCUAGACGAAGGGAAGCUAUCGUAUCCGCUCACCCGGUGCACUCCUGCAGACGUGGGAGCUCCUGCAGAAAUUCAAAAAGCAGACCGAUGCCGCCCUUUCCAACCUGGAGGCCAUGACCGGAGUGCGGAAUGA